AUGAACCCUCGGAAGCCGACGCCUCAGCUAUCCCAAACCCACCUUCUCCGCUCCACAAAUCUUCCACAAGGCCUUAACAUCAUCCACCUCCCACCGGCCGACGUCUCUGGACUGUUCCCGGCCGACGCUGCGAUAGAGACCCGAAUAUCUGUAAUCGUUAGAGAAUCAGUCCCUGCCCUUCGGUCCGCGCUAGCUGAGUUGGCGCGGCCCACCAUCCUCGUCGUCGACAUCUUCGGCACCGACACGUUCCCGAUAGCAGAUGAGCUACACAUGCCUAAGUACGUGUUCUUCACAUCGACAGCGAUGCUGCUAGCUCUCCUCAUGUAUUUGCCAACGCUCGACGUGGCGGUUACAGGCGAGUACGUCCAUCUCCAAGAACCGCUGCAGAUUCCUGGCUGCAAGCCUAUCCAGAUUGAGAACAUGAUGGACCCGUUGCAGGACCGGAAGAACGAUCGGUACCUAUGGGUGUUACACCAAGCACGCCGAUACACAAUGGCCCAGGGAAUUCUAGUUAACACGUGUGAAGAUCUUGAGCCAAGAACCAUCAACGCCUUGAGAGAGGACCCUGUACUAAGGCAAAUCCCAACACCAUCUGUUCAUCCUGUGGGCCCGAUAAUACAAUCAGAAACCCCAUUACUUUCAGGAAAUGAGUGUUUGGCAUGGUUGGACCGGCAACCGGAUGAAUCAGUCAUAUAUGUGUAG